AUGGAUGGCGUCGUGGACGCCGACGCCGGUGGCGUGAGCUCCAUGAACUGGGGGGAGCUUUUGGCCCUGCUGGUGACUGGAGGCAUUUUUGGUGCUGUGUGGGCCAUCCUGCGGCCCCGGGGCUUUGCCGUGCAGCUUUGCGCCUGCGGCUUUGUGACCUCCUUGGUGUGCACCCAGCUGCUGAUGAAGCACCUUGCGUCCGCAGCCAGAUAUCGAUUUCCUGGCCUGGUGACGACGCUGCACUUCCUCUUCGUGUGGUCUGUGAGCUGGGUGUUCCUGGCCGUGCGCGGGGAGUUCCAGCAGUGUAGGCCCAUGUCCCUGGGCUCUGGCCGGCGCUAUGCUGGCUUUGUGCUGCCCAUCGCAGCCAGCCUGCCCAUGUCCAUCGUACUGAACAACACGUCCUUGAUGUACAUGGGCGCAGGCCUUGCAGGGGUCAUUGGCACACUGGCACCGAUCAUCACAGCCAUCCUCAGCCAUUUCCUCGGGCGCCGCAUCAGCCGUGCCGGUUGGAUGGGUAUUUUGGUGGCCACCUGUGGGGCCUCCUGCAUCGCCAUGGGUGAGGUGGAGGCGGGCACACAGGAUGAGUUCGUGCUGCUGGGGCUCGUACUUUGCAGCAUCUCGGUCUUGCUGCGGGCGGUGAAGGCGGUGCUGCAGGACAAACUCCUGGAGCCAGCGGCCUAUGACGUGGAGAAGGGCCAGGCCUACGCCGCGCCCUCGCUGGAGCCCAUGCAUGUUUGGGCCCUGACCGCGCCUCCGUGCACGUUGCUGGCGCUGUGCUACGCGCUGUGCACGGAGAGCCCUGCCCAGGCGGUGACGGAGCUGACGCUCUCCGUAGGCUCGCUGGUGCUGCUGAGCUGCAUCAGCGCCACAGUCCUGAACGUUUUGGGCAUGAUGACGGUCAAGCAGCUGGGCGCCAGCAGCAUGCAGAUUGUCGGGAAGCUGAACACCCUGGUGCUGCUGGCUCUGUCCAUGGGCUUCUGGGGGGAGCAGAUGCCCAAGGAGGUUGUGCUGGGCACCUUCUUUGUCCUCCUGGGCGUGGCAAUCUUUGAGCAUGGUGCUUCGAGGUCAAAGCUGAGCGGCAGGUGA